AUGCGUUCCAUGGAAAAUGUAACUCAAUGCCUGUCGAAACUGGCGCACAGUUCAAAGCAAAGCAAAUCAAGACAAAACAACAGCCAAGCCCACCCACUCAAUAAAGAAACGAGGCUCUGCUUCAGUCUCAGCAGCGUAGAGCGAAGAGCGAUCGACCGCAAGCAAACGAAAGCGAACAGCGCUGCUCUCUUGCUAGCAAGCACAUUGUGGCUAGCAGCUGUUGGCUUAAAGGAAGCAACGCAUUCAUUCAGUGGAACCAUCGAAGCCCAAAGAGCAGAGCGGCGAGCAAGACAAAUGAAUGUGGUUCAGAUGCGCAUUGAUAGAUUAAAGAAUUGAUAGAAUUGUGUGUGUGGAAUAUUUUAUAUGCUGCUCUUUUAAUUGUUGUCAUAUGAUGGCUAA